CACUCUUUCUUUUCCUACCUACGAUCACUCAUACUUCCAUUUCCUUUGAACUUCUUCACUUCGGCGACAUGGACUACUCUUCGCACUCCUCACCCUCACAAACGCCCCGCGGCAACCCACAUACUCUCAGUCCCAUCUGCUACGAGUCCUUCUCGGCAGAAUCCACAGAUGGGCGGCUCCCGCAUACAACAGGCCCCAAUGGCCGGUCUCCUCACACCACGAGUACCGAUAGCCGUGGACCCCACACAACGGCCGUCUUCCCAUCCGCAAAUGAAGAUGCCUAUGCCGAAUUCUGUCCAAGACAGCAGCAGCAGGAACUUCUGCAAGAGAUGAGAACCAGCAUCCAGACACCUUAUGACACGAACACAUUGGUUCCAGCACCAGCAUACACACCAUGCCCAUACUCAUACCCAUAUCCAGCCAAUGACGGCACCACUAAUCUACACAUCGCCUCCCUGUCCUACCAGCAACCAUAUGUUCGACCCCCUUCAACUUUACAGCCAUAUCCAGUGCCCUCAACGACGCUAUUGCAAUCCAGCACCACGCUCACCAAUCCUAUAACAGCGAUCACGCCCUCACUCCACCACCCUGAACAAUUCCAAGCCGUAAACUAUGGUCCCAACAUUACCGGCUCAUCGCCUACGACCAACAAUGGUAAACCUGCCGUCGAUACCGUCUAUGCUUCCACGACCAGCACCAAUGCCAUCGCUUACGUGAAAUCUCCGGGCCAGAAGCGUCGCCGAGCGUUCUGGGGAUGCUGCAUCUGUGUCGUCCUUAUCGCCAUUAUCCUCGGUGUUGUAUUGGGCGUGGUCGUCAAGAACAAGGACCAAAGCGAGACCGAUAACUCUACAUUCACUUUUGGACCCAAGACCGCAUCCACCGCUAAACCUAGCCUCUCUAGCAGCACCAGCAGCAGUAGCGGCGCAACAGCAACCCCAACAACGACCUCGAGCUCAGCCUCAAUCUCGAUCUCGACAGCGACACAGCCCCCACCCUCACCGACUCCUGAUGCAGCAACAUGUAUGCGCAACUGCAGCACCAAGUUUUCCAAAUGCUUGGAUGGAUGCACGGCCGAGGAGAAUGCCUGCGAGAACAAGUGUGGAGACAACUUUUCGUGCAAGGUCGACUGUGGAUUUGCGAGAAGCAAAUGCACCAAUCCCUGUUUCUCCGCUUCUCGACUCUGUACAUGUUAG